UGGACAUAACAGUCCACACUUUAACAGCGAUAAGAUGAGAAGGUGUUUCAUUUACCUGUGAUACGGUCCUAUAUACAAGUUAUAAAUCUGGCAAAUCGCUUUUGAUUAUCUGGGCAUGCACUCGCCGUGACUCGAACCAGCAUGGCGUAAGGAAGCGUGACAGGAGGCCCACGUUGUUGGGUCACACUCACAGAUGUAAACUAUAUUUAUUUCACUGGAUAUCGGCGUGUGUUAACUAUGUGUGAUCAUCGAUUGUUAUUGCCUUAUAAUUGCUGGUACAAGCGGGUAGAUGGACUACAGGGGUGACCGCCUAUCAGCCGCGAUGUCUGGGACUUUCGGAAAUAUACCCGACCUGUCUGGUCUUGGAGCCACAAGCAGCACACACAGACAAAGUGUCGAUUCAGUUCAAGGACGUGCUCCAGAUGACGUAACAGAGGCCAUCCUUAUUUUUGAUAUGAGAGAACAGAGCAAUACAUAUAUCAAAGGAGUUCCCAUUGAUCGUCAAGGUUCAGAUGUACAUAGUAACGGUUUCAGGAGAUAUUUAGAGGAGCGAUUCCAUGUUAGUACCAGUAAUAUACUUAUGAAAGAGUUUCAAAACGAGACAGUUGCAAUAUUAGUUACUGAUGAACAGAUGCAAGAAAUGCAAGUUGUGUUUAUAGAUAUAAUUGACAAAUGUCCUUUGUGCAUCAGUAUGAAAAAUAAUGAAACCAUUUCGAACUUAUUUGGCGUACAUUUUGAUGAAACAGGGCGUCGUGUUGACGCUGUGUAUAUCCAAGGUGGGGAGGAAACUCCUUGCAGCGUUCUGAAAACUGGGGAGUUUGGGAAACUUGCCACGCAACCGUUCGGUAGAAGCUAUUUGUUUCUUGACGAACAGUUGAAAUUAGGUAUUCGUAGACAUCUUGACGAAAAAAAAGACGAGAUCUCAUAUAUUGACUGUAACAAGAGUGACACCAUCAGCGUCAUCAGAACAAAAUUGAAAACAGAGUUCCCGAGCUUAUUCCAAAGGGACACAACCCUGUUGUUCUGUGAUUCUAAUGGUAUUGUUCAAGACACCACAAUGGUAGGAGAUACUGACGGAAGGCAUAUUCUCACGGACAAAAGUGAUCAUGAAACAGUAUAUGUUGACUCUAUUUACAGCUCGUUCAGAUAGCAGACAAGUUAAGUUUAAUUGUAAGGGGCGACAAAUGAUCACUAUAAUUCAGAAAAACGACACCAUCGCUGAUUUAAGACGGUCUAUUUCGAAGAUUAUUCACCACCCACCUGCGGGCAUCAAACUCACCAUAGGUGAAAAAGAACUGCCUGAUGUGAGGAAAGUCUCCGAUCUGCUUACAGUGAGACCAAAAGCUAUCAUCUGUGUUGAAAUGACGACACCACAGCAACUGACUUUCAUACACCACAGGGAUGAAACGACUAAAACAUAUAUAUUAACUGCCUUUAGGCUAGACCCUGUUGAUGGACUUAAAAGAAAGCUUGCAUAUCAGAUGAACGCAGAUCCGUUCAAUCUUCAGUUGUACAGAAAUGGUUCUGUUUUUGGUGGAAAUAUAACCGUUUGUAAUAUGGGUUUAGGAAGUGCCGAAGAAAUAGAGGUUGUAGUUCACUCUCAUCGUAUACGUGUGUUUGUGACGUGCUCUGAAACUCCUGUCAAAAGAGUUAUUGUUGAUGACAGUAGCACCUUUACCGUUCGUCAGCUCCAACAGUUUCUCAGCAUUCUCUUCUACACACAUGUGGAAGCCAUUGGUGUUGUUUAUAAUGGCAUGACACUUGAUUCUUCUUCAACAUUGAAUGAAGCUGGACUAACUCACGAAUGUACGUUAUCAUUAACGUAUCUCUCGGAACACGACACCGUACAAAACACAGGAUCCGCAGUGGGCACCGUAGCUGGAGAGCGGGAAAUAGAAGGACCUAUGGAUGUUACUGAUCAAAGUCAGGCCAGGCCUGGAGACGUCAUGCAGAGUCGCGUAUGCAAAGCGAUGAACACAAAGACAAGGGUCCCCGGCAUCAGGGAAGAGAAGACAGUAUCAGGGACAGCACAGAACUCAACUGAACGCAUGGUCACGUCCCGACUAAUAAAUAUGCCCGGACAAUCAACUGCUCUGGCAACAGAUGUCAUGAUGCCUGUUGAAACGAAUGCAGCCACUGCAACAUCUACAACUCGACAGAAUCCCUGGCGAUUCCCAAAUCCUCCUCCGAACGCGAACCAGCAAGUCUCAAACACUGAAAUGUCGUUAGUUCAUCAAAUUCCGCAAACAACAGUGCCAUUCGAACCCGACAGUGGUGACAAUGGUGGACAGAGAGGGUACUUUAGAUAUAGGUCUGAGUGUGAACUUUGGCUACCACAGCCUUCAGACGCACCUUCGUCCUUACCCUUAAUUCAUCGAAGUCACUCCGACUGGUAUAUGACAUGUAAUGCUAUUCCCGGUCCCAUGUCAUCUUCAUUAUCUCUGCCGUCAUUGCUACAGGAUCCCAUCGAUGCCGUUCCAGAUCGUAUUCUCGACGAUCUUGCUGGGAGGUUGGGAAAUGACUGGUAUACACUUGGAAUUCGGCUUGGAUUGGAGACACACCAACUGAACGGAAUCAAGCAAGAUCAGAAAGAUGAUCUCUGGAACCAAGCUUACCAAAUGCUGUUCCGGUGGAAGAAAACAAGGGGGAAACUUGCCACCCUGGAAACACUGUGUGCAACGUUAAGAGAGUGUGAACUCGCAGCCCACGCAGAUUCUAUUGAAGAAUGGAAUACCAAUGUUUCAAAUCAAAGAAGUAUAAGAAACUAGAAAAUAUGCUUCCUGCAUAACUGGUCGUCACAGGUUUUGUUACAGUCCUGAAAUUGUAACCAAAUUAUGCAAAGAAAAGCGCCCUAAGCUUGCGAUCCUUCUUGGAUUUAAAUAACGAUUUAAAUAAGGGGCCAAUGUUUGUGUGGGAGUUUGUAUGUAUUUUGUACUUUGUAAUGAACUGAGAGAAACCAACUGGUUUGGAAAUGUAUAUUUAUGACGAAACAAGAGACUUGAAAAAUACAUUUUUCUUGUUGGAUGUAAAUAUCUUUAAAUGAUUCAAAAUAUAUAUUGAAUUAAAUAUUUUUUUGCAAAUGUCCGUUAUCAAUUAGACAUAAAGAACGUGUAAAGUAAAUUGGUGAUCAUUGAUCGUUUGCUGAUAUGGAAUUCUAGGAGAAGUGGUCAAAACAAUAGGGGCGGUGGGGUAGCCCAGUGGUUAAAGCGUUCGCUCGUCACGCUGAAGACCCGGGUUCGAUUCCCCAGAUGGGUACAAUGUGUGAAGCCCAUUUCUGGUGUCCCCCACUGUGAUAUUGCUGGAAUAUUGCUAAAAGCGGCGUAAAACCACACUCACUAUAUAUACAAUAAGGGACAAAAGAUACUGUCCAUUGUUUAUGGUACUUCAGUACUGAUCACUGUUCUUUGCUUGUUCAGUAGGACUGUCCUGAGGAUGUUCAAUCCUUCUGUUUCCUCUGUUGAUAUGGAAACUAAGCUGAUCAAGACAACUUCGAAUGCCAAAUAUUGUAAAUGUUCUAAACAAAAUCACUCACACCCGAGUUUAUUAUGGAAAACACAUAUGACAAUUAGAGGUGCAAUUCUAAACAACUGUCGAAUUUUAAUCACAUACAACAAAUUUAUCUUUUUGCAAUUUAGUAUCAAUCUGCUCCAACAAUUUCAGUGUGGAAAGUUCAGCAUCAAAUUCAAUUUACUCCUGAAGAAUUUAAACUAGAAAAUAUGCUUCCUGCAUAAAUGGUCGUUACAGGUUUUGUUACAGUCCUGAAAUUGUAUCCAAAUUAUGCAAAGAAAAGUGAAUGUUUUGGCUGCGCCGUAAGCUUGCGAUCCUUUAUCGAUUUAAAUAACGAUUUAAAUAACGGACCAAUGUUUGUGUAUUUUUCUUGACAAUUGUUGCUUUGUAUUCGAUAAUAGAAAACAAAAUUUCAUCUGAAUUACAGAAUUAAUAUAUUUUCAGUGUUUUAGGAUUCUGUGAAUUUCCAGUUGGUUACAGGUGUCAGAAUUCCUUAGGGUUUCUAUGGUAACAGGUGCCAGUAUUUUCUGACGGUUAGAGUUUUCCUGAUUCUAUGAGAUGAGACUCCUUAAAGUAAAACUGCCAUAAUCAUAAGCAUUUAUGUGGACUCGGUACUCGUACUGCUGUCAGUCGCUCUUCAAUGAACUUCGCCGGCUGGCCCUCGAGGACCAAAAACUCAAACAUAUCCAUUUCUGCCGUUUCAAUUGGAGUACAUGUGAUCAGAUGUCACGUGACCGUACACUAGCGACAUGUGCAUCUGUGUAUUAUGUUUAUGUGAAUGACAUGAACAAUUGUUCAAUAACAUACAGUUAUUAUUAUCGUGGACAUAUCAGAAGUAUAUUUUAGGCUCAAAAAUUUUGAUAGCCCCCGCGUACUUUCGAUACGUGUUUGGCAUUCACAUUGUCUUGAGAUACACAGCCUCCAGUACCGUAGCGAUUUGUCAGUUUUCUGAAUUUCCCUGCAGCUUAUAUAAAAUGAAAAGUCAAGUCGCAGUUGCAAAUUAUGUUUGUAUGUGAUAGUUAUGAAAAUGUAGUUUAUUACAUAGACCAUGGUAGACCGAGCUGUCAUUCGAAAACAUUCAACGGAACGUUCUGUGGUCUAAGGGAGACAACUCCAUGUUAUUUUUUAGAACAGCUGAUCAAUUGGCUCAGUUCAUAUGCACAUUGUGUUGUUAUAGGCUGGUGUAAUUUGUGUAUCGUUUUGUUUACGGACGAAAUGACACAAACAGAUAUAAUGUUAUAGUUAUAAUUUAUACGUGUAAGUAUAACUUGUAGUAAUUCCGGACUUGGCGGUUGAAGAUAAGAAUUUACGCCUGAUAAUCUAUGAAUGAAAUAAAGGCAAAGUUAUGCUGAAAUCCAAACGAAGAGUGAGUGAGUUGGGUUCUACGCCGCUUUUAGCAAUAUUCCAGCAAUAUCACGGCGGGUCUUACCAAAGAACAUCUCUAACAGUUAUAAAAAAUGCCUCCCAAUCAACAUGUCAUACACAGUGUGUUUUUACGUUUAUACCUCCAUGAACGCAAUAAAAAUAUAAUGGAAGUCA